AUGGCAAAGGUUAUUGGUCUCGUCUUUGCCCUCUUCGUCCUGGCCUUUGCCACCAUUGCCCAAUGCCACAAACAGGAAGUGUUCACAGUCGAGGGCGAUGUUUAUUGCGACCCCUGCCGUGUUCAAUUCCAAAAUCCCCUUAGCGAGAAGCUUGCAGGGGCUGCCGUGAAGUUGGAGUGCGUGAACCUGGAGACGAAGGCGGUAACAUACAGCGUGGAAGGGGUGACGGAUGGGACUGGAAAGUAUAGCCUGAAGGUGAGUGGGGACCACGAGAAUGACUCGUGCUCCGUGAAGGCCGUGAAGAGCCCGAAGCCCGAGUGCAGCGAGCCCUUGACCGACGUGGAGCUGUCGAGGGUGGAUCUAACCGAGAACAUUGGGAUCCACUCGGACGUGCGAUUCGCCAACCCGAUUGGGUUCAUGACCAAGGACCCGCACGCUCAGUGCAUCUCUGUCCUCCAAGACAUUUUCUCUGAUCAGGACUAG